CUAAACUUCAGACUAGCUCAGUUUGUCACUUCAAUGUGACCUGGGCAGUCCGCCAUAUCAUCAUUACAGGACUGCACGGAUACGUUUCUCGGAGCGCCGGAGCGCACGCGCUUCGCGCUCUUUGCCCGUCAGUGAGGAAGCACGCGCACCGAACCGUCCGCUGUAAAGACUCUGAGCUCUCGCCGCAUUUAAAAAGAUGGCUGAGGACAUUAAGGCCAAGCUGGACCAGUACCGAACCGCUCCCUUUGAUGCCCGAUUCCCGAACCAGAACCAGACGAGGAACUGCUGGUCCAACUACCUGGACUAUCACCGCUGCCAGAAAGCUCUGACUGCUAAAGGAGUAGACAUCACCCCAUGUGAGUGGUACAGGAGGGUCUACAAAUCCCUCUGCCCCAUGAGCUGGGUUGAGAAAUGGGACGGGCAGAGAGACGACGGGUCGUUUCCAGGGAAGAUCUGAGGCUGCCGGCUCUGAAUGUUUGUAAAAGCGACGCCUGGUCGUCACUUUUCCUCUGCAGUUUGCUGCUCUGCCCAGCAGCAACUGCAACUGAAUGAUCAUUCCUUACAAACCCAUUAAAUGUACCACAGAUUCUGCAUUAAAAUGCCUCAGGAUAUAUUCAUGGA